CAGUAUUCAGUGGGAGGGUACGUUAGACAGCAGCAGCCUCGGAGCUAAAACCAACGUGACAGACGGGAGUCUCAAUAACACCACCCGAACCGACAGCAGCAGUUCCAGAGAAACCUUAACACUGCAUAUGGAGACCACCAGUUGUCAUUUGUCGACUGUUGCGUAAGGAUAACAAUUCAGCCGUCUCGACAGCAGCGAACGCGAACCGCAGUAGAUGUUGUUUGUUGCAUUGUUCACGUGAAAGGAAGAAAAUCGCUGGUUUGCAGCGGAUCCGCGUGCAGUCGACCGGAACCGGACUCGGUUGUUGAUUUGUCAUAAUGUUUUAUCACGGGAUACAUCGUUACGCUGGAUACCGAAUGUAUUAGAGUCAUUGCAUCACGCUGGAUUCAGCAGCCCCGUGGUAAACUUGGCCUGUAACGUUAGAGCAAACAGCGCGAUGAACGCGAAGCUGGGCUAAAUUCAUGGGAUUUAUAUUUUCUCACCAUUCGGUUCUCUAGCCGUGAUUCUUUUGGUGUUUUCAACUAUUUGGCGAUUCCCUCCGUUAAAUUAUUCGCUAGGUCAACUCAAGCAACUGCAGCUGUCGCUUUGUGUACAUCAGAGAGGAGUGAUGACGAUACGAAAGUAAAUCUGGAACUGGUUUUUGGGUUUCGGAGCCAGGUCUCCUGUACUCUGAAGGUCUGAAGAAUAUCAAGGCUCUUGCCCUUUUCCCUCUUGCGGUCCCUUAUGCCCAAUGACGGCUGUCUCUGGGUCACUGCAGGAUGGAUGAAGUGGAUUUGACAGUUUUUGUCUGUCACCAUCAGUGCUUGCCCCUCAGUGACUGUGUCUUGUUCUUUUACGUUUAUAAAAGAACACCUCCUCUCUUGGGCUCUGGCCCUUUACACUGUAAGAGUAACUGUUAGUAAGGAAUACCCCACGGAGGGGGCCUUCCAGCAAACUCUGUGGUUCACGUGAGCUUUUAUUACUUUUUUUCUCUAUAGGCUUUUUGUGCCACAGUAAAACGCAGAAAGAGGAAAUUUCCUCAAAAAGUCAAGGUUUACAUUUGAGUUUUUUUUUUUUUUUUUUUAUAAUAAUUUAUUUAUAAAUAUAUAUAUAUUUUUUCCUGGAGAGAUGUCGUCAGAAAAUCCCGACAAGGUGGUGACCUUCUUGGCCCCUCCACCUUCAAACAAUGUGAAUGGCUCCGGUUCGGACUCUCUGGUGGGUGAGAAGCUAGACACGACGCUGGUCAGAAAACGACGCCAUACCAUGGAUAAAGAUCUGAAGACAGCUGAGCACAGAUUUUUUAGGCGUAGCGUCAUCUGUGACUCCAAUGUCACAGCCCUCGACUUGCCCAGCAAAGCAUGCAUCCUCACCUCGCCUCCGGACUGUGAGCAGUUUGUUGUGCCUGUAGUGCUGGGUUUGGUCCCUGACAUUACCAUUGACACCCAAGAAGGUGUUUCGGGUGUCCUAUUGGAAGAACAUGCAGAGGAUGGACGAGUUGCUGGGGUUGAUGGGAUUGUGGAGGUACAGAGCCCAUCUGUGCAGGAUGUGGGUGUGAGGCAGAACGAGACCCUUGGGACGGUGGAAACGGAGCCCAGCGAUGUUGCUGACAAGGAGAAGGAGAGUGGAGUAGCAGACAAACGUGAAGAGGAGGAGAAAGGGGUGGCGAAGGCCCGUGCUGAAGCUGAGCAGAGGGAGGCUGAGAAAAAGGUUCAGGAGGACGAAGAAGUGGAGACCAAAGCUGUGGGCACCUCGCCUGAUGGGCGUUUCCUCAAAUUUGACAUCGAGAUUGGACGCGGCUCGUUCAAAACCGUCUACAAGGGUUUGGACACGGAGACAACGGUGGAAGUAGCGUGGUGUGAACUUCAGGUAAGAAGCAACCAUGUUCUUAACCUCUGCAACAAUGUUCAGCCUACAUAAAUGAUGGAUGUCUUUGUUGUUGGGUGGUUGACCAAAGGCUUGAAAAUGCUCCUGUGAAACGCAACAGUAAGUUUGAUU